CUGUCUGGGAUGCCCAAGUGCUAGAACUAAGCGGUGACCUGGACUUUCUGCUUCAAAGGAUGGAGGAAGAAAUGGAUAGCGCUCUCCAUGAUGGGAAUCGAAGCCCCCCAAAGAAUGGCAGUGGAAGCAAGCCAGUGACUACAUCCACUCCUAAAACAAAUUCUUCAGGCCCUGCGCUCAGUGACUUGCAGAAACUGUGCAACGUCAUUUUGUCUAAUGCCAGUGUUAGUGGAACAAACAAUUCAACUCUAGAGGUUCCACCCGGAGAGAAUCUGGUGAGAGUUGGAGAGGUCUUGACGCUAACAAGAUCACAGCAUAUGGAUGCAAAGCUGGCCCGAACCCCUUCAGCCAUGACUAUGGAGCUCAUUCGGGUCACCUUUUCAGACAAAAGGUUAAAGCGAUCAUCGUAUGCUGGGCAGAAAAGAACUCGGAAUGGUGUUGUUGAACAGAAGCCGUCCUUGAAGAAGUACAGGAGUACAAAGGAUAUCCAGAACUUCGUGAACCAGAGAUUUCCCCAUUUCACUCAGUCUCAAUUCAGCCAUGCUGUGAAUGCAUGCACAGGAAAUAAUGUGGGACAAACUCCUAAGCCUAAGUUGGUGGACCUAAGUGAUAGUGAAGGAGAAGAUUAACCAGUUCCUUGACCAGUGGAGAUGAACCCAUUCCUCGGGACUAGGAUAGUUUCUAUCCUUUUUUAAAUUUUAAUUUGUUUUUAAAAUGGCC